AUUGCACGGUCGGUUGCCAGGAUACCUUUCGGGUCCCGUCGGUCGUGGAGUUUUAGCCGCGGACGGUAACAGCGGAGAGUCGCGUUAAAACUGAGUUUAUCCGGUAACUUAACGUUUGAAAGGUCGAAACAAACGAUUUGUUGUGUUUUAGUUCCGGAGCUCGCGGUGUUCACAGCCUCCGACUCCUCGGAACCUCUUCCGGUUCGGUUUGUUGCUAGGCGGCUAGUGUUAGCCCAACGAGAGGUUUGUUGCUAACGGGACAGAAACUCGGUCUGAGCGGCGGAUCGUCGGUUUUUACCGGACAGAUAAACGGUUGAGUCUCCGGUGGAUACAUGUGUGCUGCCCGGUGAUCGCUCGGUGUCCUAUGGAGCGGACUGACCGGAGGAAAGACUCCCGCCUGUUGGACAACCAGCCGUACGACGAGAGCCUGGAGGUGGUCGACUCCGAGGAGGUGGCGAGUGUCUCCAGCCCGACUCCCCGCGGCCAGCGUCAGUCACACUCCAGGAGGAGUCGGGAGGGGCGUGGCCUGAUGUCUGCCAACAGCAGCAGCGACGAGUUUGACGAGGACCACAAGCCUCAGAGGACCAAAGAGCCAAUCAGCAGGCAGCCUGGGACCAGUCCGAACGAGGAGGAGGAAGAGGAAGAGGAUGAAGAAGAGGAGGAUGACGACUCUGAUGAAGAUGAUACAGACGAUGACGAUGAACCAGGGCAGGCUCCGGAGGGGGCGUAUGACCCCGCUGACUACGCCAACCUGCCUGUGAGCACGGAGGUCAAAGAGCUGUUCCAGUACAUCACACGUUACACUCCUCAGUCCAUCGAGUUGGAUCACAGUCUGAAACCCUUCAUCCCGGACUUCAUCCCAGCUGUUGGAGACAUCGACGCCUUCCUGAAGGUGCCGAGGCCGGACGGUAAAACGGACGCUCUGGGUCUGUUGGCUCUGGAUGAGCCCAGUGUGAAACAGUCUGACCCCACGGUUCUGUCGCUGUGGCUGUCAGAGGAAACCAAACAACACGGAGCCACAGAGCUGAAGAAGGUGACGAGCGUGGCAAGUCCUCAGUCGAUUCCUCGGGCGGUGGACAGCUGGGUGGAGAGCAUCAGUGCGCUUCACCGCUCCAAACCAGCAGCGAGCGUUCACUAUGGCCGCGCGAUGCCUGACAUCGACAGCCUGAUGCAGGAGUGGCCAGGCGAGCUAGAGGAGCUACUUGGGCGUCUGCAGCUGCCGCCCGCUCGCCUCAACUGCAGCCUGACGCAGUACGUCGACCUCGUCUGCGCCCUGCUGGACGUCCCCGUGCACAGCAGCAGGAUCCAGUCUCUGCACCUAUUAUUCAACCUCUACCUGGAGUUCAGAGACUCGCAGCACUUCACACGCAGAACACAAACCUGACACAGGUACAGAGAGAGUGGAGGUCACGACCUUUGACCUGGUGUCAUCAGUGUCAGACAGAACUGUUCCUGUGUUCCACUCAGUUUUAAUGUUAAAUAAACUUUAACAUGUCAAUUAAAGGUUUGAAGAUCAUCCUCUGACUCUCAGCUAAUCACACGUCACCAUGUCUUCACGUUUAAAUGUUUAAUUAAAUCAAAGAAAGUUUUCAGACAUGUACUCUGUAGUGUCUGGACAUUUUCUGGAUUUGUGAUCUAUAUAUGAAGAAGCAGCAGGAGAUUGUUUAGGUCAGACUCGUUCACAGCAACAGGAAAGUGUGGGAACAGCAGGUGGCAGGAUUUCUCAAUGAGAAAAUGACUUCUCACUUUAUAAUGUCAGUAAAACAUUAUUACAUUAAUUUGCUCAUUGGAACAUAAAAUCAUGAAAAUCAGCCCCUCAACAUAAAACUGAUGAAUCGUAUUCUCUGAUACCAGAACUUUAAAUACAGGAGGUGUGACGUUUAUGUUUCUAAACUGUGAUGUCAUCGCCUCAGAUUUAGUCAAAGGUCAGAAGUUUGUUAAACUUUGACUUUGUGUUGCUUUGUUCAUCAAGUUGUUGGUUAAAUAUUCUGUUAUUUGUACAAAUUCAAUCAAUCAGACGAUGCUGCUGAUUUAUCAAUGUAAUAUUAAUGUUCAGUGUGGUUCAGGUCAUAGAGUUUAUUUCAUGU